CCUCCGGCAUAUUGGCCUGGGAGUGGUGAUUUACGUGUUGAAAAUCUGUUGGCGAGAUACUCUCCUGAUGGACCUGAAAUCCUUCAAGAGAUUUCGUCCCAUGUGAGGUCCGGAGAACGAAUUGGUGUUCUUAGACGAACUGGUUCAGGAAAUAGCUCACUCGUGUUGUCUCUACUGAGAUGUAUCUAUACCUCAGGAGAGGUGCUCUACGAGGUCUUACAAAAUGCUCCGAGCAUCAAGAUCCAACGUCCCCAAAUCCCUGAGCUCAUCAAUGGCUUCUUCCCCGAGAGCCUCGACCCUUUCGGAGAGCACGAUGACCUUACAUUGAAUAAUGCGUUAGAAUCCGCUGGAUUACAAGCCCUCCAGGAGGAUGUACCUGGAAAAGACCGAAUUACACUUGAUACAAUGGUUUCGAGCGGCGGAAAUGAUUUCUCGUUAGGUCAAAGACAGAUCGUUGCUCUUGUUCGAGCUAUUGUGAGAGGAAGUGAACUGUUAAUCUUGGAUGAAGGUAUGCGUGUAUGUGACUAUAAGCCGGAUAGCAUCAUACAAUCUUCGUUGCACAAUCAACUACACGGGGAUGUCACUCUAAUAACCAUCGCUCAUCAUGAUCGACUACAAACUAUCAUGGAUGCAGAACGUAUCGUGAGUGCAUUCCUUCGUUCGUUAUUCUAA